CCCGUCUUGCACGCCGCGCAGAGCACGAUGUCCUUCAUCAAGUUCCCUUUCACUCAGCUGCCUCACAUCGAGUCAAGCCCGAAGCGCGUCCGCGUCUUCUUCGGAGGCGAGUACAUCGUCGACACCACCGACGCCCUCCUCGUCUGGCUGAAGCCAAACUACCCGUACUACUUCUUCAAGACCAAGGACGUCCCCGAGAAGUACCUCGUCGACGCCUUCCAGUCCCAGAAGCACCACAUCUACGACAUCGUCGUCGGGAACCGCCGUGCGGAGGCCGCGGCCACCGUCUACCACGACGACGAGCUCGAUGGGCUCAUCCAGAUCGAGUUCUCCGAGAUGGACGCCUGGUUCGAGGAAGACGAGCAGAUCUACGUGCACCCCAAGGAUCCGUACAAGAGGGUGGACGUUCUGCACUCGUCGCGACACCUCCGGGUGGAGGUGAACGGCGUGGAGGUGGCCAACACGACGCGGCCCCGCUUGCUAUUCGAGACGAGUCUUCCCAUUCGCUACUACAUCCCGACGCCUGAUUGCAAGCUCGAGCUGCUCACACCAUCGCAAACUACGACGCAAUGUCCAUACAAGGGUGUCGCGAGUUACUACAGCGUACAGCUUCCCACCGGUGAUGUCCACGAGGACAUCGUCUGGUACUACCGCACGCCGCAACUCGAGUGCGCCGAGAUCAAGGGCUGCGUUGCUUUCUACAACGAGAAGGUCGACAUCUACCUCGACGGCGUCCUCCAGCCACGCCCAGAGAGCCCCUGGGCCAGCAAGCGAGCCAGCGCCGUCGUCCCUGUGUAACUCCGGCAACCUGGACGAAGCAGCAAGCGACGGACGAUCAAUAUCAAUUGUAUGAUAGUACUGAUGUGCCGCAGGACAUUCUAGUCAGCUUUCAUGUAACUUCGUUAUUGCUUUCGGCAUUACUACCGGUGAGGGGCCCUUGGGGUGGCACACGGACAUGGAUGGCAUUAGGGACACACAGACACAUACGCAUAUAUCACAGUGCUCCAUACAACGUACUCGGUCAAUGAACUUAGUAACUUGCGAUAACUAUACUAUGCAUAGCAGCAAAGUGAUCCAUGUAGAAUGAGGGAUACCGAUGUCGGUCCAGCGUAGGAUAUCGUGCGGAAGUGGUAUACAUGCGAUAUCAGAAACCUCAAAGGUCAGGGUGAUGCCGAAUUACUUGACGUAGUCGGCUGCGAGGAUCGUCGCUCCGUCCGCGACUGGUGUUCGACCGCAAUUUCCGCAGACAGACGCGAGAUCUCAGAGAACGCUGCCCGGAGGAGGUCAAGGUCUGCGUCAAGGUUCUCCGCCCGGGACUUCAUAGCAGCAAUGGUGUCACUGGCGGCGAUGAGCUCGUGAUGGUGAUUAUACACGAGACUUUGCCGUUCGCUGUCCAGCUGCCGGAUUUCCGUCAGCAAGUCGUUCUCCGUCUUCAGCAGCGUCGGCAGCGACGACGUCGUGAUCAACUGCUCAUAGUACGCCCGCGCGUCGAACACCGGCGAGUCAAAGUCCAUCGGGUCCUGGCUGCUCUUCGCCCCGCCCAGCGGCGGCGGCGGGCCCAGCCCCAGCCCGUAAUGCUUCCUCAGCAAGUCCCGCGCGCGCGCCUUCUGCGGCGUCCCCGGCAUCGCACCCGCACCUGCAGCCCCCACCCCAGAGGGGCGCACACCCGUGUCCAGCCCGAGCCCGACGAGCGAGCCCGGGGCGGACCCCGGCAGCCCGUGCCCCGACCCGCGCCGCGUCGCAGCAACCGAUGAGGGUCCCCCUUGCACGUUUUUCAGUGACGCGGGGCGGUGGAGGGGAGAGACGGGCGGGCGGGUGACGGAAGCGUGGCGGGAGGGUGUGCGCGGGGUGUGCGGUGUGCUGAGCGGCGUGUGCGGGGUGGUCGGGGUGUACGGCGGUGUGUGUGGGGUCCGCGGAGGGCUUCCUGGUGUCAGGGACAUAUCUUUCUGCACUGACCGCUAGGCAAG